AUGAGAUUAUGUAAUACACCAGUGGUGAAGAGGGCGGGGGGCGGGAGAUGUCUGACGACGGUUGUGUUCCUUUUCCACAGAUUGCCUAAAGCCACAGGGAAGAUGGUGGAAAAUUCACCGUCGCCUUUGCCAGAAAGAGCGAUUUAUGGCUUUGUUCUUUUCCUAAGCUCUCAGUUUGGCUUCAUACUUUAUCUUGUGUGGGCGUUUGUUCCUGAAUCUUGGUUAAACUCCUUGGGCUUGACGUACUGGCCUCAAAAGUACUGGGCAGUGGCAUUGCCCGUCUACCUCCUCAUUGCUGUUGUGACUGGUUAUGCGCUCCUGUUUGGAAUGAACAUGAUGAGUACCUCUCCACUGGACUCCGUUCACACAAUCACAGAUAACUAUGCUAAAAACCAGCAGUGGAAGAACCACCAGGAAGACGCCAUCCCAGCAUUAAGAGAUAUCCCCAUUAGUGAGGUGAACAAAAUGUUCUUCCUCAAAGCCAAACAACUUAACACCCAAAACUGAGCUGUGUGUAAACAUCCUGCGUCCAAGCAUUUAUAGGUUGUGGGCUGAAUAAUUUGGAACAUAAUAUAUUGACUGUGCUUUUAGUACUCAAUUU